UUGUGAAAGGUGCGAAGCCAGAGACCGGAAGCUGUGAGCAUGUGUCCUCUGGAUUUUGUUUGUGCCUGCUAGUUAAUGUGAACUGUGAAGCUUACACUCCAAAAUGAACAGCUGUAGAAGAAUAGCCUGUAGUGACUGGACGUCCGGCCUGAACACCGCCUUCUCUCGGGUCAGAUGGAGACGGAGCAGCGCCGCUAGAGAGGCUCCAGCUCCAGGCUCAGACCCAGCAGAGAAGCCCCGGCUGAGGGCGAUCGACCUGGCUCGGAAGGUCCAGCAGGAGAGGACAAAGACGAAGCCUCCACCGGCCGAGGAGGCGGCUCCUCUGAGCGGCCAGCAGAAGAGGGUGAUGGAGCUGAAGCGGUUCAGUCUGCAGCUGCAACAUGUUCACCCCAACGUGCUGGCCAAGCACCUCCACAGAGGCGUGCUGUACCAGGACAAGGAUAUAGUGGUCAUCAACAAACCUUAUGGUGUUCCUGUCAGAGAUGACGGAGGGGUCACAUCCAUCGCCUCUGUGCUUCCUGUUCUCUCCAAAAUGAUGGAUGGGAUGAAGAUCAAGUCUGACUCUCAGCUGCUCCCCUGUCUGAAGCUGGAGAAGGAAACACCAGGAGCUCUCCUGCUGGCCAGGAGUGAAGACAUAGCGGCGCACAUAGUCAACCUUUUAAGAGAUAACGACGUGCAGAGAAAGUACUGGGUCGUCACAGUCGGUGUACCGGUUCCAUCUGAAGGAGUGAUUGACAUUCCCAUCAUAGAGAAAGAGGUCACAGGCUCUCGGCCUCACUACAAGAUGGCACUCAGUCCUCUCUUCAAAAUGAAUGAGGAAGGCGACGGCGUGACCAAAGUCCGCGCCCAUCGGCAAGCCUAUCCUGCUGUGACCAAGUACAGAGUCCUGGACAGCAGCAGUGGUUGCAGCCUCGUUGAGCUCGAGCCUUUUACUGGAGUGAAGCACCAGAUGAGGGUCCACAUGGCACUUGCUCUGACAUGCCCCAUUCUUGGUGACCAUAAAUAUUCCAACUGGAACAAACUGGCCCCCCAGAAAUUACCAGAACGUGUGCUGGGAAAGCUUGGACUGGAACAGAGCAAGAUCCGGUAUCUUCCUCUUCAUGUUCUCGCUCGACAGCUGACACUGCCAGGAACCAAUGGAGCCGACAUCAGUGUGUUCUGUCCCCUACCGAAAUACUUCACACAAACGUUGAAUCGACUGCGGUUAACGCUUCCUGAAAAGGACCAUAAAUAACCACCUCAGCAAUCCAAGGGAUGUCUAAAUGUGGUUUGCAUCGGUUGUGAAAGAUUUCAGACUGCAACGUGGGUGAAAAGUGUAUCAUGUGUACCAUUCAAGUUAAAUGGAAAAUAAAAAUAUACUGUAUGAUGACGGGCUAUAGAGUGCUACAGGAAUGAGUCCUAAAACCCAGAAAUUAGUUAACAUUUUUGUACUUCCGGUUCCAUCGUCUCAAAGUCAAUGGAUUUUUUGAAUGGGUUUUUGUUCUACAACAUAAAAUUCGUCAAUAAAUACCCCACUAGUGAA